GGUAAGAACCCGAGGGGCACUGUUUCACACAGAGCGUGGUGGGUAUAUGGAAUGAGUUGCCAGAGGAGGUAGUUGAGACAGGUCCUAGAACACCAUUUAAAAGACAUUUGAACAGGUUCGUGGAUAGGAAAAGUUUGGAGGGAUAUGGGCCAAAAGCAGGCAGGUGGGAAUAGUGUUGAUGGUCCAUCGUGGUCGGUAUGGGCAAGUUGGGCCGAAGGGGCUGUCCCCAUGCUGUAUGACUUCAUUAAUGCGAUGGCUGCUUAGAGUGACAAUAAGGAUGCCUUGGGAAAGUUGCUAUCUUCAUGUAUCCGCAACUCCUAAUCACCUCUUCCUGUCACCUAAUCCAACACUUAACUUUUCCUAAGCUCUCCUACAACAUGGCCGCACUUCCUGUGGUGCCUCUUUUGGGUUUGACUCAUCUACGUUAAGAAGAACUAAAGAAGUGGGAGCAAGUGCUGGUCAAUGAGCUUCUAGAAGCUGCUCCACUGUUCAAUAAGAACAUUGCUGACCUGACCUUGGCCUCCACUCUAUUUUUCAGCCUCUUCCCCAUAAUUCUCAAUUCGCCCGCAAACCAGAAAUCUGUCAUCUCGGUCUUGAACAUAUUUCAGCUUCAUCGCUAUGUCAAAGAAAGGGUGGCGCAGUGAUAGUUGCUGCCUGCAGCGCCAGGGACCCGGUUCAAUCUUGACGACGGAUGCUAUGUGUGCGGAGUUUGCACAAGGAUUCACGCCACUGUUGACUCGAACAAAUGCAGUCAAUGCUCUAUCAGAAAGAACUCCAAACUUCCAGAGGAGACUUCGCUGCUGACUGAGAUGCGCCGCUCCCUCCGGCUCUCGGGAGAAAGAUGAGUGCGUUUAAAAUCCCAAGUAUUUUAAGAAGACAUCACAAAAAACAUAUCCAGCCUAUUCUCUUCGAAUAAAUCACCCGAGGAAGAAAACCCAGAGGAAAACGCAUCCCAGACUGGCGGACCUGUGCAGAAGGAAACUACAGAAAGCCCAGCAGAUAGAAUGGCUUUUUCUGACUCUGCAACUAAGUUGCUAACUGACUUUGCAAAGGUUUUCCAGACUUCUGUGGAUCAAGAACAUCCGUCCUCUUCAGAAAAACCAAGAACUGAUGAAAAUGUUGCAUUAACCUCAGAUAAUGCAUCUAAUAUUAUGACACAGCCAGAAGAUGGAAUUCUGCGGAAACUGGGAAGUUUUUUCAACAGGACACCAAAAUUACAGCCAUUAGCCCCCCCCGAAAGUAAAAACGGGAGCAGCCGAGGAUUGAGCACGACAAAUCAAUACGGAGCCCGCAAGUCUAAUCGGAAAGAUUAUCCAAAAAAGAAGCCUUUUCGUGAACAAGUUACACAGGUUAUUGACAAUGAUGGCAAAGGAACUGAUAGAAACACACUGGAGACAAGUCGCCCUCCGAGCUCUUCCACGGAGAACAGAUUUGUACGUUCACAGCGAAGUGACUUGGAUAAAUUGAACAGUGUUCCUCCCAAAGCAAGCAAAAUAAAUUCAUCCUUGCCAGGACAAUACAUGGAAAAUGGAGGAAUGGAGGAAAAACUUAAUGCCACACCUCCUACCACGGAUUCCACAACCUACCGAAAACUCAGUGGAAGCAAUUUGAUGGAAAGAGAGGAGGGUUCAAACAAGAAAAACUCUGACGGAAAAAUCGAACACAGAGAAAAUAAUCAGCAGGUGUUAGAAAAUGGAGCCCUUGAAUCGGCUAAUUCUGAGAUUGGACUCGGAGCAUUGCUCCCACCAGUCACCACUUAUUCAACUUAUCACGGAGCAAGGAGGAUGAAAAGGAGGAGGUCAAAGAUGAGAGUAUUUAUACCAAUCAACGCCCCAAUCUCUGAAGUAGAUGAAAAGAAUGCAGGUGUAUUGGAUGAUGAGCAAAUUACAAAUCGAGUGCAAGAAGAGACUAACCAAGAUAGCACAACCGUGACUGGGCACCUAAUGCCUCUGGUGGAUGUGAUACCCUUUACAAAUCAUGCUGGUGAGAAGGACGGAGCCCACCCAGGGAGAUUCUCUUCAAAUGAAGCUGGGUUAGUGAUAGGCACAACUACAGAAAAUGAUAAACCCGCACAACAAACCUCUCUCAGUGUCGUGAGCAGAGAUGUAGCGGUGACUGGCCAACAAAAACAAGAAACGGCAAAGGUGGGAAGUGGAGGUAGCACAUUGAGAACAGACACACUAAACACCACCAAGGAGCGAGCAUUCAAGUCGGAUGCACCGCAGUCAAACGCAACUGGCAAGAGCAUCCCAGCUGACUCGGAAGAAUAUUGCACUCCAGCAGGUCCUGCAACAGUUUUAAAGUUGGAUGAUGCAGGAAAGCGGGCUGAAAAGACUGAACUUGUGGAGAAAGGACUGACACAGGAAACAACAAAGAACAUUACUUCUGCUCAGACAAAAAUUGUCUGUGUAACAGAGCCAGUGGAAACAGUCCAUGUGAGCAGCGGGGUAGAUAUGCCACAAAUGUUACCCAGUGGCGCUGGUGAUAACUAUGACCAACAGUUGGAAGAUGUCUGCAGGACUCGGACAUAUAAACACACAAUGGUGUCAGAUACCUUUGAAAUGCAGAGCAGCAAAGUGGGCAUUCCUGCCAAUGGCAUACAAAUACAAUCUCAAAUAAAGGACAAUGCAACAGGGAUAUCUACUGGGAAACUUAUAACCGAAAAAGAAAAUGAGAUCGAGAAACCAUCAGGUCCUCCAAACAUCCAAACCAUGCAAAGGAAACAAGAAGCCAUUAUUAAACAUGCCGAUGAUGAACAAUGUCCUGAAGUUUUGGAAAAGCUAAUGAGUAGGAAUUCAUCCACUGCUGAAUUAAUGCAUGAAACAAAAAUUGUAGAGAGAGAUACCAGUGCUAAUACAGACAACAAAUCAUCAAAGACAACAGGUGCAAUUGUUUCAGAAAGAGCUUCGGGUGUGAUAAAUUCAGCUGGAAUUAACGGUACUGAAGCUAUUUCAACGGUGGAACCUCAGACGACAGCAGAAGGGACCAAUGUACAGACGGAGAAAUCGUUCUACAUUCAAAACCCAGACCUCCUGCUGAAAACCCCUUCUGAGAAAGAACAUGAGCACCCCUCAGAAUCCCUCCUGAGCAACCAGGACUCUUCGCCUGAACCCGAGGUUUCUAGAGGACCCAGGCUUUCCAUACCAAACGAGAGUGUCUUCUACAGGUACUAUCAAGAAACAGCAGAUGCGUUAUUGGCUCGGGAAAAUAAACACUCACUUGCAAAUAGUGAGAUUAUUGCCGACUCAGCGGACAAAGAAAAUCAAUUUGCUGGGGAAAUGCAGGACCAAAGUAAAGCAUUUGAUUUUAGUCAAACACAGGACGGUAACAAUGAGAAAGCCAAGGAACCAAGCACCACCUUUAGCCCAUCAGAAAACAAUGUGUGGUACAGAUGUUUUCAACAAAGUGCUCGCUUGUCAAACACGGGGGAAAAUGCACAGUCUGACAGGAUCAGUGAAGCACAUCUGGAGAACAGAGAGGCCAAGGAAAUCAUACACUCAACAAAGCCAUUUGCUUCAGCAACUAAUUCUGCUACUGGAGUAUUUCAAGACACGUCACGGGAAUACGCAUUGAAUGAUUUCAAAACGCAAGAUGAAGAAACACCAAAAGAGAUUAAAAAUAUUGAUAACGACAAAUCCAGGUUGCCAUCUUCAGUCGAAGCAGAAAGUAAAGAGUCUGUCUUAAAGAUAAGUGCUAAGGACAAAGAAAUCUCCAUUCAAUCAGAGGCAGAAUUAACAAGAGAUGUGUGCACAGUAGAUACUCGGCCAGUAGAAACAAAUAGCAGUGACACUUUGAAAGAAAAGGCAGAAGCGGCAGAGAAGUUGAUAUAUUCAGCAAUGCCAGGAACACCAUGUACCAAGCAAAGUACAACAGAUAUCAACGAGAAUGUCACUACAGAGGAUAGUCUUACAAAUCCAAAUACAAUUGUGGACGUAAAGGAUACUAUUGAUGAUGUUGAAGUGAAAGAAAAUAAAGAUAAAUUGGAUAGGCGUCACACUUUUGAAGAGAUGGCUAAGGAAGUAGAGGAGGAAGUACACGUUGGUGGGAUGAUGCAGGAAAGGUUAGAGGAAUCUAUAAAUAACGUGAUACACAGUGCUGCAGAAGAAGAUAAAACCAUGUCUAUAGUAACACAGGACAAAGUUUCUGAAUAUGUUCCCUUGGUCCAGAAUGCUGCUGAGAAAGAUGACUCAGUGGUGAUCGAUUUAACUGAGGAUAGCACAGGGUUGUUACCUAAAUUGUCAUCGGACAGUAAUCUUGUACCUAGACACGCUAUUGAAAAAAUAACUGGCCAGGGGGCAAGUACAGGUCUUUUGAAACUUGCCGCAAGUCACGCACCUGUGAUUACUGAGUCAGUCUUCAAAGCAGGUGAGGGCAAAGUGGACACUGAACAAGCACAAACACAGCAGCCGAGGGAAGGAACAGAACUGAGGGGGGAGUUGACAACACCUGUGGUUGGUGCAGAGGAUUCCUGGCCAGAAACAUCUCCAAAAGUAACAAAAAUGGAAAAUCACCUUAGCGAUUCUAUGGACCGGGAAUUAAAAGGAAAACUGGCAGAGAAAAGUAGUAUUAUUGAACCGGAAGGGAUUACUGUCUUGCUGAGAUCAGAUUCUGCAUCAACACAAUCAGAUGAUACCCAGAGCAACGUAGUUGCUGAUUUUGAAAUCAAAGGAUCAAACUCUAAAGAAGAAAAUAAUUUUCAAUCAGAUUCUGUCAAGUUAGGGUUCGGGAUGUCCACACUCAUUGGUGACCAGGGAAAGCCCAUACACCAAAACAUAACACUCAAGAAAGAUGGAACAAGGACAGCUUCUGGGGUAAAGACCACGCCCAUCUAUCCAUUACUAGAUUUAAUUGAACCAUUGAACAAAAUCGGGCAAGAAAUGAUUCCAGAACAGGAACCGACCCGCAAGGGGACAGAAGCAAUCUCUCCUAUACUUGGAGAAGCCCAGCUGCCUUUGCCAGUCUCUGUCACGCGAUCAGAAGCAAAAUCAGUUAUGGAUCAUAUAUAUUCCCCUGAAGCGGUAACACCACAUGCCCAGCAGAGUCAUACUGUCUUCAGUGAAGAAGCUGCCACAGUAGAAACGGAUUCAGAUCCCGCAACUAUUGCCCGCUUAAAGGAUGCUGCUGAAAAUGCAGAUUUAGAAAAAGACACAACAAGCGACACAACCAAAGCAUUGCCUGAGAAAUUGGUGAAGGCGGUGCAGUUUGGUGAAGUGCAAGAGAAAGAGGUGCAGCCAGAGGUAAAACAGCAGUCUGAAAAUACCACCAUGUUCAUCUGUGAAGGAGAGAGUGAAGACUCGUCUCUGAUAACACAGGGAACUGUUUCUGAAUACAUUCCUGCUGUCCAUGUUGAUCAUGAGAAAGAUAGAUCAAUGACAGAUGGAUCAGAUGGGGAAGGCUUCAAAUCAGCACCUUUUUUACCAUCCAACACUAGUUUGGGAAGUACAGCUCCUCAUCAUGAUGUAGCAAACCAGAAGCCACGUACAGAUGCCCUUGGCAUCUCAGAAUCCGAGCUUAAAGCAGGUGAGGGCCUCGUGAAUGAUAGUCUGGUACAACCACAACAGCCUGUAAAAGAAACAGAACUAAAAACUGAGCUAGAAAACAAUGAGGUUAGUGCACAAGAUACCCGGUCAGAAACAUCUUCAACAACAACACAAUCGGACGUUCCAGACACUGAUCCUUUGGACCAUGGAUUGGCAGCAGUAGUGUCAGAGCAACCUCCUAUUGUUGAUCCAGCGCAAAGUAGUGCUGUUUUUAGAAGUGAUUCUGCAAUAUCGACCCCUUCCAGAAGUACGAUGGCUGAUUUUGAGGCAAAUGCAGAGCAUCCCCAGAACAAAAGCAAACGUAAAUCACUUUCUGUUCAGCUAAGGAUAACUCAGCAGGGCCGGUUAGCCUGCCAGGGCAAGUCAGAAGAUGGAACACGGACAGUUUCUGCAAUCAAGGCCAGCUCCAACUACAUAUUACCAGAACUAUUACAUCCAGCGAAUGAAAUGGAACACAGAAGGAUACAAAAAGUGACACUGACUGACAAGGAGAUAGAAGCAAAUACUCAGAGACUUGGUGAAACCCGACUGCCAUUGUCCAAUUCCGGGGCAGCUUUUCAGGGUGACUUGGCCAUUGUAUCUGAUGCACAGUCAGCCGUGGAUCACAUGUCCUCCCCUGACUUGGUCACACCACGUACCCAGUACGGUAAUACUAUUAUCGCAAAGGAGGACACCACGAAAGAAACAGGUUCAGAUUUGAUUUCUAGAUCAAAGGCUGCUACUGAAGAUGUUGAUUUGAAACGGGACACAAAUAACCUGAUUGUAAAUAAUGAAGCUGAAUACACACCUCUGGAAUUAGAGAAGAGAGGGCAAGUUAGCGGCAUGCAAGGGGAAAAGAAGAUAUCUUCAGAGGUACAAAUCUGCACCAUGUUCAUCGAUGAAGGAGAGAAUCAAGCCUCAUCUCUGAUAACACGGGGAGAUAUUUCUGAAUCCAUCCACACAGUUCUCGAUGCUAAUGAUGAAGGUGGCUCAACGACACCAGAGUCACAGGAGGAAAGUUUCAUAUCAGCGCCUUUAUUGUCUGUGGAGACAAAUUGUACAGCUACAGACCCUAAUCAAGACCAAACAAGUCAGGAGCCAAGUACAGUUCUCUUAAAUCCUACAUCUGCAGUUAAUCUCCCUGGCAUCACAGAGUUGGUGCCUAAUGCAGGGAAGGACAAUAUGCAUGAUGGUCAGUUGCAAACACAACAGCCUGCAGAAGGAACAGAACAGAGAACUGAGUCGAGAAGCAUUGCAGUUGCUGAAGAGGAUUCAUGGGCAGAAACAUCUUCCAAAAUGGCCAAUCACUACAUCAAUUCUGUGGGCCAAGAAUCGGUAGGAAAUGUUUCAGAGGAAUGUAAUAUUAUUGAUACAGCUCAGAGCAUUGCCUGGUCAGGAACCGAGUCUGCAAUAUCAACCCAUUCAAAUUAUUUUCAAGAAAAUAUAUUUGAUGAUUUUGAGGAAAGCCAAUCCAAUCCGUUUGCUGAUUCCCCAUAUAUAGAAGGGGAAGAAACCCAGAUAAUUCCUGAAAUGCAAAAGACGUUUGAUCUUGAACAUGAACAUAUAACAAAUACAUAUGAUGGUGGUGAUAACAUGGAAUAUAGUGAUGAAUAUUUUGACUAUGAGAAUGAAAUAGAACAGGAAGCAUUAAUCCUCGAUACAUCAUUGAGCCACAGCUGCAGAAGAAGGAACUUCUAUCCUUUAUCUUUACCGCCAAUAUAUGAGGAACCCGGAUUUAGAAGCUGA